AUGGCAUUAGAUGAGGAUGGUCUUUUAUCUUCUAUGCUUGAGGGAGAAUCUUCAGGUUUGGAUCUAGUGGUUGACCUGUCAACCUUUAGCAAAUCGGUUGACCAGUCAACUCUUGACAAUUCUGUUCCAGUUGACCUGUUCCAAAGUGAUCCCAAAGAGUCUCAUUUGUUUGCUGUCAAAAGAAUCAUAAAAUAUGUGAGUAGAACUUUUGAGUUUGGGUUGUGGUAUACCUAUGACACUUGUGUCAAUCUUAUUGGGUAUAGUGAUGCCGAUUGGACAGGUUGUAGUGAUGAUAGGAAAAGCACUUCCGGGGAGGUCUUUUAUGUAGGCAACAACCUAGUUGCUUUGCAUAGCAAAAAACAGAACUCUAUCUCCUUAUCCACUACUGAAGCAGAGUAUGUUGCAGCUGGGAGUUGUUGCACUCAACUCCUUUGGAUGAGAUAA